UCUUGGCUCCCUGCACAUAUCGGUCGAGCAAAGGGGUCAAAGAGAGGGGGAGAGAACCUUCUCGAUCCGUGAGAUUAUUUUCACGACGUGUGAGUCUGCCACUGGUAGCUCGGCUAGCCACCUUUCUUUCCGGGCCUGUCCUGUCCUGCCCCCGCCUGUCAGGAGCUAGCGAGCUAGCUAGACGGCAUGGGGGCUCCCAGCAGGGAGGAGGAGGAGGCGAAGAAGAUGGAGGCCGGCGGCGACACCGUCGGCCAGAAGCUCGACGCCGGCGCGCUCUUCGUCCUCCAGUCCAAAGGGUCAUGGCUGCACUGCGGGUACCACCUGACGACGUCGAUUGUGGCGCCGCCGCUGCUGAGCCUGCCGUUCGCGUUCGCGGCGCUGGGGUGGUCGGCGGGGAUGGUGUGCCUCGUCGUCGGCGCCGCCGUCACCUUCUACUCCUACAACCUCCUCUCCCGCGUCCUCGAGCACCACGCGCAGCAGGGCCGCCGCCAGCUCCGCUUCAGGGACAUGGCCGCCGACAUACUAGGGCCCGGGUGGGCGCGCUACUACAUCGGGCCGAUCCAGUUCAUGGUGUGCUUCGGCGCCGUGGUCGCGUCCACGCUGCUCGCCGGCCAGAGCAUGAAGGCCAUCUACCUCAUCGCCAGCCCCGGCGGCGCCAUCAAGCUCUACGUCUUCGUGGCCAUCUUCGGCGUCUUCCUGGUGAUCCUCGCGCAGCUGCCGUCCUUCCACUCCCUCCGCCACGUCAACCUCGUCUCCCUGCUGCUCUGCCUCUCCUACAGCCUCUGCGCCGUCGCCGGCUGCGUCUACCUCGGCACCUCCGACCGGGCGCCCCCCAAGGACUACUCCAUCGUCGGCGACACCCACGCCCGUGUCUACGGCGUCUUCAACGCCCUCGCCGUCAUCGCCACCACCUACGGCAACGGCAUCAUCCCCGAGAUACAGGCGACGGUGGCGGCGCCGGUGACGGGGAAGAUGUUCAAGGGCCUGUGCCUGUGCUACGCGGUGGUGGUGACCACCUUCUUCAGCGUGGCCACGGCGGGGUACUGGGCGUUCGGCAACGCGGCGCAGGGCCUGCUGCUCAACAACUUCAUGGUGGACGGCAGGCCCGUCAUCCCGGUGUGGCUGCUGCUCAUGGCGGAGCUCUUCACGCUGGUGCAGCUGUCGGCGACGGCCACCGUGUACCUGCAGCCGACCAACGAGGUCCUGGAGGGCCUCCUGUCGGACCCCAAGGCCGGGCAGUACGCGGCGCGGAACGUGGUGCCGCGCCUCGUGUCCCGGACCUUGGCCGUCGCCUUCGGCACCACCAUCGCCGCCAUGAUACCCUUCUUCGGCGACAUGAAUGCGCUCAUCGGGGCCUUCGGCUUCAUGCCGCUCGACUUCGCCGUGCCGGCGCUCUUCUACAACCUCACCUUCAAGCCCUCCAAGAAGGGCUUCGUGUUCUGGCUCAACACCGCCAUCGCCGUCGUGUUCUCCGCCGUCGCCAUCGUCGCGUCCGUGGCCGCCGUCAGGCAGAUCGUGCUCGACGCCGGCACGUACAAGCUCUUCGCUAACGUGUGAGGCUCCGUUUGAGGUGGUACGCAAGCGAGGAAAUGUUGAGGUCGCCGUUUGUGGCUUGGCAUUGAGCUUCGACUUUGCCGACGAGCCGUCGGAAAUUGCUGGUCGGCUGAGUACAUAUCGAGUUUUGGUUCUGGAUAAGUUAUGUAGGCAGAUGAAUGUGACCCGACAAGCGUUCAGCCCGAUCAAUUCCGUACUCUUAUACUGGAGGGGAAGAGUUGAAGUGUGCUCUUAUACUACCUUCGCCUCAUAUUAAUUGUCGCUCAAACGGAUGUACCUGUCUGUAUAUAGAGGGAUAUAUAGCUUUUCUUAUAUCUGUGAAAAUUGUCGUUCAAACGAA